AUGCCCCUUUCUCUCAUUAAGCACGAAGCUACUUCUCCACCCCUAACGCUGGCUCAGAUCCCAGAUUACGGCCUUAGUGCGUUCCUCGAAGAUGACGAGGAGAUAACCACUCAACUCUCUCAACAACCUCCAAAAGCAGAACUGGAGGAUGAUAUAUUGGAGGAUGUGAUCCAAGACGACGAGGAGAUUUCCACGCUGUUGACGCAAGAAUGGCACGAUACAGACCAGGAGGUGUUUCCCUACACCAAGACACCCAACGAAUGA